ACAGAAGACAGAGCGAAUAGAAAUGCUAGGUAGAGAUGAAAGGAAACACAACCUCAAAACAUCAUUUCCUUUCAAUCCUAUCUGAACUCAAAGCACCCUUUCUAUAAACCCUCUCGUGGGUCUUUGAGACAGAGCGGGCUCACUUUGAGUCACAGUCUUAAGCGAGUUAGAAGGGACCUGAGCUGUCAUCCAGGCCAAUCUCUCAUCCACCCAACAGUCCCCAGAACAGCAUCCUUUCAGGUCGGUGGAUAUCCAGCCUCUGCUGUGAGUCACUCAAUGGCACAAUUCACAAGGCCACCCAAUAUUUUGUUGAACAGUUUUAAUUGUUACCAAAGGAUUUGUUUUUAUACUGAGCUGAGGGUGAUCUCCAUGUAAUGUUCACCUAAAUUACAUCUUCCCACCUAGCAGCAAGCUGGGUAUCAAAAAGUCAGCCAGUGCGGGUCUAUGAACGAAACAGCUUCCGACUUCACAUUUCUAACUGCGGAAAGCAUCCUCUUCCUCUCCACUCCCACCCUUUCCUUUCCAAAAGGCAGACCCUGAAGCUGUUUCACUCCGUCCAUAAAUACUACUGAACAUGGCAUAUUUAUAUCAGAGCCCUGGGUAUUUGAUAUAAGGCCACCGAAGUCCUGUCCAUAAUUAACCAAUUGGCUUUGUCCAGACUUACCUGUAACAAGCCCUUGGAAGCUAGAAAAAAAGAAUUCAGCCAUUUGAUUUUCUCAAUAAAGCUGCAUUUGAUUACUCAGACUGUUUAUAAGCUCCACAUCAGAUGUGUUUCUGCAGAGGGAAAAACACAAUAGUUUUCCCAGCAGACCUUUCUCAUGCACACAAAAGGGUGCAUACAAAAGCCAGCAGAUAAUAUAAAGAGGUUCUCUUAUGCCUUUAAAUUUGUGAUUAACAUUGGAAUUGAAAAGAUUUCAGUAGUCACAGAGUAACACAAAUGUGAUUUUUUUAGGCAAACGCUUUUGUGAACCACAACUUUAAAUAUUCAACCAGCUGCUGCCAUCCACAAGAGUAUCCCUGUCAAUUUCUAUAUUUUUCCAACAUGAGUCACAGAAUAUUAAUUCCCAAGCUCUCUAUUCAAUCUCCUGUUCAUCACACCAACUUAAAGGCCCAGUCCACAGAGGCACCUUUUAAGAAAGAAGACUUCCAUUUGAUUUCAAAAGACUCCUUGGAAUCUGACGCAGAAAGCCUCACUCAGGAGAUGAAGCCCCAGUCUGAACUUGAAGACCGGAUCCAGGACGACCAUAUGGAGCCUGACAGCUUAGAGGAGGAGAGCUUGAGUGAGGCAGAAGAGGAAGCAAGCAGAAGAGCAGCUCAGGUGGCCGGCAAGGAAAACCUCCACGCCCAGGACACGGGUGCAAGUGACAGCCAAGAACCCACAGAAGACAAAUAUUCAGACCUCCGAUAUGACCCGAACUGGAAGAGUAAGAAAGAGGAGGGGCAGCUGUUGUCCGUGGACGCACUGCCGGAGUCUCUGGACAGCUCUACGGAAAAUCUGACCUUGGAUCCACUUUACCCUUCCAAGGAGGCGUCCGUGGAACUCCUGGGGGAAAACGGCGAACAGAAGAAGAGCCCACAGAGCGCAGCCUCCUUACUUGGGAGUGAAUUUUUAAGCCCAAACUAUGAGCAUGGCACCCAUCACAGUGAGUGGUUUUCCGAGCCGAGCUGCAGUGACCCGGAGGAGAAGUCCAGCAACCUCUCUCAGCACUUGAAGAGUUCAAGUUCACAUAAUGAGGUGUUCCUGCCACCCCGCGGCCCUCGGCGAAGGAAAUCCAAACAGUAUUUUGUGGAAAAAAACAAGCUAACUUUGGGAUUACCUACUCCAAAAACAGACUCGUAUCUUCAACUUCACAAUAAAAAAAGAGGGGAGACUCACCCAGAACAGAUCUCCUACCCCGUCCGAGUAACUGAUGAGGAGGCGUCUACUCAGAAUGCCAGAGAGAUUGGGAAUGCCGCCGUCGACCCUGAAGACAAAUGGCAUCAAAAGGCCCAACAGCUAAAGGAUUACAAGGAACACUGGUCUCAAUACGAAAGUGCAAAAUCAAGCAGUGGUCCAAGAGGUCAGUCUUCUGAACCAACCAACGGCCAGCAACCUUCCAGAAGACCAGCCAAGCACAAGCCUCGAAAAAAGCAGAAACACCAGCGUGGCCCGAAGUUUUUGGUGACUGAAGAGCUGGUUGUCAGUGAGGGAAAGCAGAAUAACGCUUCCAGGCAGCAGCAAAACCAAAGUAAGCCUGCUGAUGCUUCCAUAAAACAUGAAACAGUUGUGAUGGUGAACGGCCCGAACAAUGAGUUACAACACUCAAGUGUUCUGAGAAGCCAGGGUCCCAAAGUAACCUCUGACAGAUUGGCUCCACCACAGCAGGCUUUGGACAGGGUACUCCAUGAAAAUUCUACUGGAUAUCACUCGAUGACAGAUGUUCAUAGAGAAGGAGGCCACCAAGACCAAGAAGAGAAAAGAUUUUUGUACCAGCAGCCACACAUCAGCAGUCUUUCCAAUAUGGAUUACCUUCAUAAACUUCCUAGGAAACAGGCAUCCCUUAGCCAGAAAGGCUCUCAGUCUGUUUCUAACAUAGAUAUUAACGCAUCAACUGAAAAUAAGAAGCAACCCAAACAGAUUUAUACGGAAACAAAAUAUAAGAACUUAGAAAUAUUAUGGAAAUUUCAUUCUUCCUCUGACAGCCAACCUGCUAGAGCCUCCCCAGACUCACAGCUUGCCCAGAUAAUGGAACAGCAUCAGCAAGCCUUAACGCAGCUGACUGAGGUGCAGCCCCACGAAGGAGCCCUAUCCGGCGUCACACUUCCACCCAUACUGUCAAGGAUGGAAAGUGAAUCUCAGCUUAGCUCAGGGAGAAGCCAAAGAAACCAAAUGAACAUUAGCCGUAGCAACUCUGAAGGUUAUCUGUUUCAACUGGAAAAAGGGAAGAAGCCUCGGAAAAGCAGCAGCAUUAAGAGUUCCAAGCUGAAAGGUUAUCAGAACAGAGACGUGAAGCUUGGCGGCCUGGGACCUGACCUCGUGUCCGUCAGAGACAAAAUGCAGAAAUUAAUACAGCAGAAGGAAUAUGCAAAACAGGUUAAGGAGUACAACAUGAAGACGCUGUCCACCCUCUCAAAGCCACAAAGUGCAAAACCUGAAAAUAAAUCCGCCAUCCCUCGGCAGAAGGCUUUGGAAUAUGCCAAGACCAUCCCCAAACCCAAACUCUCAAAUCUGAGUGAUCAAGCAUCAAAGGAAAAAAAAAAUCCAACCCAUGCUGGAAAAGAAGGCACUUUACCUGAAAUCUCACUGCUGGAAAUACUGCGGAACAGACACGAAAGGGAAAAACAGGCUGUGGCCGCUUUCAAAGUCCUUCACAUCGUAUAGACAACAUGUGUGCUGGGGACCAGAGAUGCCAGGGAACCCACACAGAGAAGAGAAACUCCAGCCCCAACUGUUGUGCGUUGAGAGUGAUGACUUAGUGUCAUCAGCUAACUGCAGUCCAUGUUUGCUUUGUACAGGAUUUAAAAUAUGGGGCCCUAUUAUAUUACGGUGCCUUAUUUUACUUUCCGAGAAGAAAACCUAUCUUAAUUAUUUAUUUUCAAAUCAGUUAAAAUUGGGGCUGAAUAAGAACUAGGGAAUAAAACCUUUUGCUUUCAUCUUUGAUUUUUUUUAAACUUCUUUUUGGUUUUAUAUUGGAUCUCUUAAUUUCUUAAAUGAGUGCUACCCUUUCUUAGCAUAAUGAA